CAGGCUGCAGAGCUGAGCAAGAAGACUGAAGGUUGCAUCUCUGCUCUUACAGUCUCUAACUGUCUAGGUCCAGAUAAUGAGAGAGUGUGUUGAGGAUGCUGUUUCUGUUGCCGCUGCUGCUGCUCCCCUGUUCACUGUGGAAGCCAUCUCCAAAUUAGCCAUUACAUAUGGAAACUGGAGACCAGAAUUUUAGAAAAAGGGAUUAAGGCAUCUCAUUUUUUGGGGGGGUUAUCUAUUUUUUCCUUUAUUUUAUUUUUAUAUAAUAUAUAUAUAUCUAUAAUAUAUAUAUAAUAUUAACCGCCGGAACGUUUCUCUUUUAAAAGGCAAGCCUCUUCCCGUGUGAUUUUUUUUUUCAUUUACACUGAUUCCGUGGGCUUUCUUACCUCCCUUUUUUAUAUAUAGAUUUCUCUCUAUUGAUCUCGAAUAGAUACCCAUUAUAUUAUUAUUAUUGCUAUUAUUACUAUUAUUAUUCUUACUAGAGGAAAUAUUAUUCUUUUAUUUUAUUAUUAACAUACAAACACACACACACACACACAGCCCAAGAAUCAGAAGGCGGUUGGGUAUUUGUAUAAUGAAGAAUUAUGGGGCUCUUUGACAGAGGUGUUCAGAUGCUUUUAACCACCGUUGGUGCUUUCGCUGCCUUCAGCCUCAUGACCAUAGCUGUGGGGACCGAUUACUGGCUUUACUCCAGAGGGGUUUGCAAGAUGAAAGGUACCGGUGAUAAUGAAACCAGCAAAAAGAACGAAGAAGUCAUGACCCAUUCUGGAUUAUGGAGAACCUGCUGCUUGGAAGGGAAUUUUAAAGGUCUGUGUAAGCAAAUCGAUCACUUCCUCGAGGACACAGAGUAUGAAGCCGACACAGCAGAAUAUUUCCUCCGGGCUGUAAGGGCCUCUAGUAUUUUCCCGAUCCUGAGUGUGAUUCUGCUUUUCAUGGGUGGACUCUGCAUUGCAGCCAGCGAGUUCUACAAAACCCGACAUAACAUCAUCCUUAGUGCCGGUAUCUUCUUCGUGUCUGCAGGUCUGAGUAAUAUAAUUGGCAUCAUUGUGUACAUAUCAGCCAAUGCUGGGGACCCCUCAAAAAGCGACUCAAAGAAGAAUAGUUACUCUUAUGGUUGGUCCUUCUACUUCGGGGCCCUGUCAUUCAUUAUAGCCGAGAUGGUAGGAGUGCUGGCCGUACACAUGUUUAUUGACCGGCACAAACAGCUGCGUGCCAGUGCUCAUGCCACAGACUACCUCCAGUCCUCUGCCAUCACCCGCAUACCCAGUUACCGCUACCGCUAUCAGGCACGCAGUCGCUCCAGUUCCCGUUCCACCGAGCCUUCACCCAGGGAUGCCUCUCCCGUCGGGAUCAAAGGGUUCAACACCCUCCCAUCAACGGAGAUCUCGAUGUAUACCCUGACCAGGGACCCCCUGAAGGCUGCCACUACCCCCACCGCCACACAAUUCAGACAGGAUAACAGCUUCCUCCAGGUUCACAAUUGUAUCCAGAAAGAAAAGGACUCUAUCCACACUAACACAGCCAACCGCCGGACCACCCCCGUAUGAAGCCGUCGAGAGGGCUGAAACAUGGGGGGGGGCAGGGAAGGUGGGGAGUGGGACUUGGGUUCAGGAUGGG